AUGAAUGAAAAUAAUUGUUUAUUAUUGCAAAUAUUUCAAUAUUUUUUAUUUUUUUUAACUUCUUCGGUAUUUUAACGGCGAUCGUAUUGUGUAUUUGCUUCAAUUUGAUGGAGAAGAUAUCCACAGGAUGACUCUAGUCAAUUAUGUCUCCUCGUUCGCGACUUUAAGUAAUAUUUUCUUUUUUUCCUCAGGAAUUUUAACUUGUCGAAAAAUUAUCAGAAACAACAGCACUGAAAAUGUUUCACAUCUACCAUUCUUGAUCACAUCAUUUAGCUGCUUCAUGUGGAUUAUGUAUGGCAUAACAAAACGUGACUCAACCAUUGUGUUUGUAAAUACAAUUGGAAUGAUUUUACAAAGCCUGUACUUAAUAUGUCAUUUUAUUUAUUCCAAGACAGAGCCAGUGUUCAAACACACAUGUUAUAUUUUGUUGCUGACAUUUACUUUGCUGAGUUAUUUUAAACUCUAUAUCCCAACGGAAGAUGAAUCACUCCAGAGCAUGGGCAUGACUUGCGUGAUUAUUACAGUCAUCAUGUUUGGUUCCCCGCUGGUCGCUCUUGCCAAUAUUUUUAGAUCUAGAAGCACAGAGUCACUGUCAUUUCCACUGUGUGUCAUGACUGUGGUGAAUUCGUCUUUAUGGAUGUCGUAUGGAUAUUUAAUAAACGAUAUCUUUGUUAUAACGCCAAAUUUUCUUGGUCUGCUUUUGGGACUGGUUCAAGUCGCGUUGUUCUGUGUCUUCCCGUCAAGCGCAAAACCUAUCAUCGUCUCCUUGUAAAACUAAAACUUCCUUGAGACAUGCAACAAUCUUCCCUAGAAAUACCAUUUCAAAGAACGUGGGCACCAGAAUUCCGCAACGGGACAUUAUACACUUUCCCUUUAACAAUAAUCGAUCAACCAAAUUUCACUUUAUACAAUAUAUUAGGAUUAUUACCGCUUCAGGUAAUCAUUGGAAAAAGUUAUAAAGAGAUAUUUUUACUAUAGUAUGGCAUGUUCCCAAUAAUUUCAUCAAUGCCCGGAUACUGUACCGUGAAAUAAGGAAACUGUAAUCUAAUUGCAGUCUUUGGUAGAUUGGUAUUAGAUAUACUAUCAAUUUAACCAAACCACACUUUAAUUUUGGCAAGUGCAUUGAAAGUAGAAAUCUAGAACUACCUAGCUUCGUUACCGACAAAUUCCAUCCUAGGAAAUCGCUUUAUUGAAAUUGUCUUAAAGCUCAAUUACGUCAUGAGCAGGAUAGCCGAUAGUCUUGGAUAAUAA